CCACAUAAGCAUUGCGUCAGUGUACCUGCAGUGCGCCCCAGUGGCCCACAGGUGGCGACCUUGUUUCUGUUACGUGUGGGAGGAGCUCACUUUGAGGAUGUGUGUGUACUUACAAGGCGUUUCUGCGAUUGGGCAAACAUUUUCUCUGUGGGAGGUAUGAUACUGCGUAUGGGCGGGGCUUGAUGUGAGGGCGAUUGAGGCGUGUAAGCUUUGUGCCAAGGCUUUGAGGGGAGGGCCUGGUGGGGAAUGGGCGUGGCUAUGUGUUGGAAGUCUGUGCUGUGUCCCGCGCCUCCUCUUUGCCCUGCUGUGAAGAGUUACUUGAUGUGGUGUUCGCCGCCGAGCCGUGUCGGUCACUUACAGUCUCUGCACCGCUCAUGGCUCUGUAGCCGGUGUUGUAUUUACCAGCCAAAAGUGCUCCUGAGGGACCGUAACAGUCCCGGGGCCGGGCUGCAACUUCCUUCGUCGGUGUCUUGACCGCUCCUUAACCCGUUGCGAGCAUGGCACCUCGAAGCCUGUCCGAGAAGCAGCCUGGGACGGACCCCUCCCUUUCCUUGGACACCGGCUCCACCUCUCUGACGCCGCCACCGCACUCGGGAUGCGGCUGUCCGAAGGUUUGCGGUGGCUGCCGGCUCUUUUUGGCACUGUUCGCCCUAUCUCUGUCGCUGCACUUGGUGACUAUCUGCUGCUAUCUGGAGCUCCGCUCUGAGCUGCGGAGUGAUACGGGCUCUGGCCCAGGGACAAGGGACGCUGAAGUGGGCAUCAGCCAACUGAGUAUGACGGCACUUCGUCUUAGUGACAUGCAGCUAUCGGCAACUUCACAGGGGCGUCAGAUGGCCCUUUUAAAUACGUUAAACACCGAAGACAGAUCACAUCUGGAAGAAGAAAGCAGGGAUUUACGGAGAACAAAACGGAACAAAGGCAGUGAAGCAUCUGAGAGUCCAAGUUCUAGCAGAAAUAAAAAGAAAGGCAAGAAAGUUGGACCUCCUGGGCCUCUGGGACCACCGGGACCACCAGGACCUCCUGGACCACCAGGACCUCCAGGAAUUCCAGGUAUCCCAGGAAUACCAGGAACAACUGUGAUGGGGCCUCCAGGUCCUCCUGGACCGCCAGGUCCUCAAGGCCCACCAGGCCUUCAGGGACCUACAGGUGCAACAGAGAAGACAGGUCCCAGAGAAACUCAGCCUGCUGUGGUGCACCUUCAGGGGCAAGGAUCUGCAAUCCAAGUAAAAAAUGAUCUUUCAGGUGGAAUCCUACAUGACUGGUCCCGGAUUGCCAUGAAUCACAGGGUGUUUAAGCUGCAUACACGCAGUGGUGAACUGGAGGUGCUAGUGGAUGGUACCUACCUCAUCUAUAGUCAGGUAGAAGUUUACUAUAUCAACUUCACAGAUUUUGCCAGCUAUGAGGUGGUUGUGGAUGAAAAGCCCUUCCUGCAGUGCACACGAAGCAUAGAACCUGGAAAGACCAACUUCAAUACAUGCUACACAGCCGGGGUUUGCCUCUUAAAAGCCAAGCAGAAGAUUGCAGUGAAGAUGGUCCACGCAGACAUCUCCAUCAACAUGAACAAACAUGCAACAUUCUUUGGAGUCAUCCGUUUAGGAGAAGCACCUGGCUCAUAAGCAUAAUACCGAUUACGACCUGCACUGUGUUGCUAGAAACACAUUGGUUGUUUUUGGAGCUUGCUAAAAUGCAGCAGGAGAAAUGCCAGUCGACUUCUUACAGCCGUGCGAUGUGUUGAUGAAUAUGAAGAUACAGAUACUCCUGCCAAAGAUACAGAGAGGAACACUUGAUAGUUGUGGUUAUUUUACAGUGUUCCAACUGAACUAUGACAGUGAAAUCAUUCAAAGCAGUGGGUCAGAACUAUUCCUGUGGACACAGGGCUGUUUAGUGAAAGACAUACUAGGAUGUUUUUGCACUUGUUGGCUGUCACCAACAGCAAAGAGAAUAUGAAAGCUGGUGAUUAUUAAGAAAAAAAAGAGAUGGAAAAAG